AUGUCUUUAUUACGUCACAGUGUCAGACCAGCCUUGAGAUUGGUUUCCAAGAGAGCUGCACCAAUGGCUGUUCGUUUCAACUCGAGCGUACCAGUUGAAGAGAAGAAAGCAGUUGAUCCAAAAAUCUCAACCAUCGUUGACCAAAUUUCUACUUUGACCUUGUUGGAAACUUCAGCAUUGGUCACUGAAUUAAAGGAGAGAUUAAACAUCCCAGACAUCUCAUUCCCUGCUGCUGGUGGUGCACCUGCUGCUCCUGCUGCUCCAGUAGAGGAAGAAGUCCAAGAAGAAGUUGAAGAAAAGACCAUUUUCUCCAUUAAGUUGGAAUCUUUCGACGCUAAGUCCAAACCAAAGAUCAUUAAGGAAGUCAAGGGUUUAUUAGGAUUAUCGUUAGUCGAAUCCAAGAAAUUCGUCGAAGCAGCACCAAAAGUGUUGAAGGAGAACGUCGCCAAGGAAGAUGCUGAAAAGAUCAAGGCUGCUUUGGAAGGUUUAGGUGCCAAGGUUGCCUUAGAGUAA